AUGAAUAUGCAAACGUGGAAACUAGUCUAUCUGGCUGCGAGAAAAGCCGGGACUGCUGGCAGCAUAAACAGCGACAUCUCGUGGAGACUCCAAUGUAUGACGUAUUUUGCGUGCGGCACAAUUCAAUUAAGGAAAAUUAAGAUGGCUGCAUUGACAGCAAAGUUUCGCUUAGCAGCUUGUUUACUGAACAUUUCAGAAGGCAGAAGGAAGAACAUUGUUGAGAAAGUGGCAAAGGCAGCUGUAUGUAAUGAACAUGGGCAGAAGCAUCCAGAAACAACAGUGCUUAACUUAUUUUGUGAUUUUGAUUACAACAGAUCGGUAUUAACUAUAGCAGCUCCAGUUGAAAAAAUAGGUCGUUCUGUUGUUUCUGCCUGUGUUGAGGCCUACAACUUGAUUGAUAUGAAUGAACAUCAUGGCAUACAUCCUUGCCUUGGAGCUGUAGACUUAGUUCCAAUCUAUCCUCUUUCAGAAUCUGUGAGUCUGGAUGAAUGUGGAGCAGUGGCACAAAGUAUAGCUGAGGAGUUAACCCAUCAGGUUCCAGGUUGCAGCAUAUUUUAUUUUGGGCAUGCAGAUCAGCCAUUGAACAGGAGCCUUGUUGAAAGAAGAAAGGAACUUGGUUGGUUUAAUAGCUGCUUUAAUCUGAAUGCCACAAGGCCUGAUGUGGGUACAGAACUUUCGCUGAGAUAUGGCCUAACAGGAGUUGGAGCCAGUCCUUAUGUCAUGAACUGCAAUGUGACUUUAGACAGCCAGGAUUUGAAUGCAGGAAGAAAGAUUGCCAGCUCAAUCCGUGGAGUGAACCAAGGUGGCAUCCAAGGUGUUCAGGCUAUGGCUUUCCCUCAUGUUGGAAAAGUUGAAAUUGCAUGUAAUGUGGAGAGCGUCAAGGAAGAAAAGCCCACAACAUCAGUGAUGGAAAGCAAGAAUUUUGUUUCUUACCGCAUUGGGGGGCAGUGCUACGUAUAUGCAACUCCACAAACAAUAGAAGCCAGAGUUCAAACCUUGGCUGAACAUUAUGGCUUUGGCACUGUUGGCAUUGCAUUAGUAGGUUUUACACCACAGAAAUGCAAAAGUCUUGCAGAAAUAGCUUUAUCUCAGGGGGCUGCAGAAUUCUGGAAAAAACAAGAACGUGUUUACAUGUAAGACAUGAAAACAGAGGCAAGACUGCCUUGACAAGUAAAAAGAAAAAGAAUCCCUUCCAGCUAUAAGACAUAAAUCCACAAUAUUUUUUAAUACAAAUUGUUUAAUUUCUGAGAAACUGAUAAUUUGAGGAACUGAUAAUUUCACAGUUUCUUCAAAAAACAAACAAAAAAUCAUUCCUGCUCAUGUCUCUAUCUUAGCAGGUACACAGUUGUUCUGAUAGUGCAGUUGCCCUAAUGUAUGCUAUUAUUUCUAGUCUUUUGGUUUCACACCUUUUAUACAUUUGUUACAACAUCUUAGGGUCACUACUUUGAGUCAUAAGAGUGCAGAUUUUUGUGGAAUGCAUUGAGGUUUGUCAUUUGCAGUUAGAGCUAUGUUUCUGAUGUAUGAAAUUUAUCCUGGUAGCAAAGUGGGGAUGAGAGCUGCUUCCUAGUCAAUUUAUUUUUAUCAUGUGGAAAAUAAGAUGUUCUCCUGUUUGAUUCUUGUCUGGGUGCCCUGUGUUCCUCUGUUUAACCCGGGUGUUCAGGUCCCCCCCUCCCCAUAUUCCAAAGACAUGCAGUAAAUGGAUCGGGCCCUCUAAACUGGACAUAGGUAUAGGAUCAUAGGAAGCCACUAGGCUAAUGGCCCUGGGGUCCUUACAAGUCUAGCCAACAGUUUAUCCCCAAAAAAGUAAUCUCAGU